AUGGCCACCUACGCUCUGUCGCCGGCCCACCGGGACCAAAUGGAGAAGACUCUCAUCGAGACUGAUCCUGAGAUCGCUCAGAUCAUGGAGAAAGAGAUCCAGCGUCAGCGUGAAUCCAUCGUCCUGAUCGCCUCGGAGAACUUCACCUCCCACGCUGUUUUCAACGCCCUGGGCUCUCCCAUGUCCAACAAGUACUCCGAGGGCUACCCCGGUGCUCGUUACUAUGGUGGCAACCAGCACAUCGAUGCCAUUGAGCUCACCUGCCAGGCUCGUGCCCUGAAGGCGUUCAACCUCGACUCCGAGAAGUGGGGCGUCAACGUCCAGUGCCUGAGUGGCAGCCCUGCCAACCUGCAGGUCUACCAGGCCCUUAUGCGCCCUCACGACCGCCUGAUGGGUCUCGACCUCCCCCACGGUGGCCACUUGAGUCACGGCUACCAGACUCCCUCCCGCAAGAUCUCCGCUGUCUCUACCUACUUUGAGACUUUCCCCUACCGUGUCAACCUUGAGACCGGUAUCAUCGACUACGACCAGCUGGAGGCCAACGCUGAGCUCUACCGCCCCAAGAUCCUGGUCGCCGGUACCUCCGCUUACUGCCGUCUGAUUGACUACGAGCGUAUGCGCAAGAUCGCCGACAAGGUUGGCGCUUACCUCGUCGUCGACAUGGCUCACAUCUCUGGUCUGAUUGCCGCCGGCGUUAUCCCCUCUCCCUUCGAGUACGCCGACGUUGUGACCACUACCACUCACAAGUCCCUCCGUGGCCCCCGUGGUGCCAUGAUCUUCUUCCGCAAGGGUGUCCGCAGCACCAACCCCAAGACUGGCCAGGACGUCCUGUAUGACCUUGAGGGCCCCAUCAACUUCUCCGUCUUCCCUGGCCACCAGGGUGGUCCCCACAACCACACCAUCACCGCUCUUGCUGUUGCCCUCAAGCAGGUCGACACCCCUGAGUUCAAGCAGUACCAGGAGCAGGUCAUCAAGAACGCCAAGGCCCUGGAGGUUGAGUUCAAGCAGCUCGGCCAUAAGCUCGUCUCGGACGGUACCGACAGCCACAUGGUCCUCGUUGACCUCCGUAACAAGAGCCUGGACGGUGCUCGUGUUGAGGCUGUUCUCGAGCAGAUCAACAUUGCCUGCAACAAGAACUCCAUCCCCGGUGACAAGUCCGCUCUCACCCCCUGCGGUAUCCGUAUCGGUGCCCCUGCCAUGACCACCCGUGGAAUGGGUGAGGAUGACUUCAAGCGCAUCGCUCGCUACAUCGACCAGACCAUUGUCAUCUGCAAGCAGGUCCAGGGUGAGCUGCCCAAGGAGGCCAACAAGCUCAAGGACUUCAAGGCCAAGGUUGCCUCCGAGACCGUUCCCGAGAUCCUGGCUCUCCGCAAGGAGGUUGCCGAGUGGGCCAGCACCUUCCCUCUGCCCGUUUAA